AUGCCCGUCGCCGUGAAGCGCGGCCAGGAGGUGUUUGUCAAGGUCGUGUCCGUGCAGUGGGGCAAUCUGGAAUUGUCGAUGGUGGACAUCGAUCAGGAAAGUGGAAGGGUGCUCCCGCCACCACGGGGCGAUGGUCAGGUUGCUGUUCGAAGGGCGAAUCGAUCUGCUGGUCCUGCAGGCACCGCUGGGAAGAGGAUUGGGCUGUCUGGAAUUGUGAUCGAGGAGGAAGGUGCUCGGCCUGCACCACGAAGGCCGGUCAGGCGAAUGAGCUCCCCGGAGAGAUGGGAACUGAAACAGCUGAUUGCUUCGGGGGCACUGAAUGUGAGAGACUGCCCUGCGUUCGAUGAUGAUGAUGUGGGGAUACAUUACCAGGAAGAAGAAGUUGAGGAGGAGCUCGAGAUUGAGCUUAACGAAGAUGAGCCACCGUUCUUAAGUGGACAGGGCCGGUCAUCGAUUGACUUGUCCCCGGUGAGGAUUUCCAAGAGCCCUGAGGGGUCACUAAGCCGAGCCGCGGCACUGCAGACUGCGCUUGUCAAGGAACGGCGUGAUAUUCGUAGCCAAGAGCAGAGAGCAUUGCUUGAUUCCAUCCCCAAGGAUCUGAAUCGGCCGUGGGAGGAUCCUUUACCUGAUGCAGGUGGGCGGUGCCUCGCACAGGAACUGAGGGGUGCCGGCUUAUCAGCACAGAGCAUGCCAGAGUGGAAGAAACAGGCUUAUGGCAAGACCGGAACAUUUGGGAAGAGGUCGAGCCUUCCGAUACAGAAGCAGAGGCAGAGCCUUCCCAUUUACGGGCUGAAGAAUGAGCUUAUCAAAGCUAUUCAUCACAAUCAAGUUUUGGUUGUUAUCGGGGAGACAGGGUCAGGGAAAACUACGCAGGUUACUCAGUACCUUGCUGAGGCAGGCUAUACUGAAGGUGGGAAAAUUGCGUGUACGCAGCCUCGCAGGGUUGCUGCUCAGUCUGUUGCAAAGCGGGUAGCAGAGGAGUUUGGUUGUCCAUUGGGAGAGGAAGUUGGCUACUCUAUACGCUUUGACGAUCACACUGGACCUGAUACGGUUAUUAAGUACAUGACAGACGGCAUGCUCCUACGGGAGAUUAUGGUAGACAAGAACCUCUCUUGUUAUUCUGUGGUCAUGCUUGAUGAGGCACAUGAGAGGACCAUCUAUACAGACAUUCUCUUUGGCUUGCUGAAGCAGCUCAUUAGGCGGAGAACUGAUCUCAAGUUAAUUGUCACUUCCGCCACUCUUGAUGCAGAGAAAUUCUCUAGAUAUUUUUUCGAUUGCAAGAUUUUCACGAUUCCAGGGAGAACGUUUCCCGUGGAGACACUAUAUGCAAAGGAGCCACAGAGCGACUACAUGGAUGCUGCAUUGAUCACAGUAUUGCAGAUCCAUCUGAGUGAACCCGAAGGUGAUAUCCUCUUGUUCUUGACUGGCCAGGAAGAGAUUGAUCAUGCCUGUAACUCUCUUCAUGAGAGGAUGAAGGUGCUGGGUAACGAUGUACCAGAGUUGCUAGUCAAUCCAGUUUACAGUGCUCUUCCAACUGAAAUGCAGUCAAAGAUCUUUGAACCUGCUCCUCCUGGGAAGAGGAAGGUGGUUGUGGCCACCAACAUAGCUGAAGCAUCUAUUACAAUAGAUGGGAUAUACUAUGUUGUUGAUCCAGGCUUUGCAAAACUUAACGUGUAUAACCCAAAACGAAGACUGGAUUCACUGGUUAUCACUCCGAUCUCACAGGCAUCAGCUAAGCAAAGAGCAGGACGUGCUGGGCGUACGGGCCCAGGCAAGUGUUACCGUCUGUACACUGAGAGCGCCUAUCGUAAUGAAAUGCCCGCCACGACAAUUCCAGAAAUUCAGAGGAUUAACCUGGGGUGGACGGUUCUUAAUAUGAAGGCAAUGGGGAUAAAUGAACUAGUGUCAUUUGACUUCAUGGACCCUCCAGCACCUCAAGCGCUUAUCUCUGCUAUGGAACAGCUGUACAGUCUUGGUGCCUUGGAUGAAGAAGGCCUGCUUACCAAGCUGGGGAGAAAGAUGGCUGAGUUUCCACAAGAACCACCACUUUCAAAAAUGCUCCUUGCCAGUGUGGACCUUGGAUGCAGCGAUGAAAUAGUAAGGAGGGCCAUUGCCGCAGGCUUCUUCUUCAACUCUGCCAAGAAGGAUCCCCAGGGAGGAUACAGGACUCUUGCCGAUCAUCAGCAGGUGUAUAUCCACCCAAGCAGCGCCCUAUUUCAUCAGCAGCCAGAGUGGGUAAUUUACAAUGAGAUUGUCAUGACCACAAAAGAGUACAUGAGGGAGGUGACAGCCAUCAACCCAGCGUGGCUCGUCGAGCUGGCGCCGAGGUUCUACAGAUCCGUGGACUCGACAAAGAUGAGCAAGCGGAAGCGCCAGGAGAGGAUCGAGCCUCUGUACGACAGAUACAACGAGCCCAACUCGUGGCGCCUCAGCAAGCGCCGUGGGUGA